GGCCACUGCUCUGAACUAUUUUGGUCUUACAUUUAUUGACAGCUGGGUGCCAGUUGCUUCAACAGUUCCAGCCUGGCAUUAUAAAUUCUGAUGAGAAUCUCACUUUAUUGGCGUAAAAACCAAACAGAACUAAUGAAACAGAUGCGGACGGAUAAAGUGAGAAAGCGAGGAUCAUCCAUCACGAAGCAGCAGGAUCUCCUCAAUCUAUCCGUGUGUGGUUAACAUAAACGCCACGCGCGUCUUUAGAAAUAACGCUCGCGCGCUCAGCUGUUGCGGAGACGCUCAAAUCUCUGAUGCGCGCAGAAAAAUGCUGCAAUUUUCUCUGUGAGUUGGAGUCAGACCCCCCCUUUUCUGAGCGCGCUGUGGUUCAUUCCGGCGAUGCUGUAUCCUCAGUGCGAGGUGCGUCUUUGCUGUCGGGCGCACGCGGGCGGCUCAGCCACUCCGCUGAAGGAGCAGCAAAAAGUGCAUUUCCAUGAAGAGAUCAGGCACAGCAGAGGACCGCGUUUUGCACAACCACUACUGGGCAGAAUGCAGCAUCCGUCUGCAGACUCUGAACGUUCUGGCCCCGUGGCUGUGAGGUCGUGAGCGCUCACCAUGACGAGCACCAACGCCAGCGCGCUUACGGCCAACUUCUCUGGGGCCGUGGACGGCCACGACUCCGGGGGGAACAUCUACAGACCCUUCUCCGUCUUCAGCGUGCUGACUCUCACUUUACUGGCCAUGCUGGUACUGGCCACCUUCGUGUGGAACUUGCUGGUGCUGGUGACCAUCCUCAGGGUGAGAACGUUCCACCGGGUGCCUCACAACCUGGUGGCCUCCAUGGCCAUCUCGGACGUGAUGGUGGCGGCGCUGGUCAUGCCGCUCAGUCUGGUCCACGAGCUGAACGGCAGGUUGUGGAAACUGGGGCGCGUGCUGUGUCAGGUGUGGAUCUCAUUUGACGUUCUCUGCUGCACGGCGAGUAUCUGGAAUGUGACAGCCAUCGCCUUGGACCGGUACUGGUCCAUCACCAGACAUCUGGAGUACACACUUAAGACUCGUAAAAAGAUCUCCAAUGUGAUGAUAGCGCUCACUUGGCUUCUGUCCUCCAUCAUCUCCCUGUCGCCUCUUUUCGGCUGGGGGGAGACGUACUCAGAGGGGAUGAAGUGCCAGGUGAGCCAAGAGCCCUCCUACACCAUCUUCUCCACCUUUGGAGCGUUUUACCUCCCACUCUGUGUGGUCCUGUUUGUUUACUGGAAGAUCUACAAAGCAGCCAAGUUUCGGAUCGGUUCCCGCAAGACGAAUAGCAUCACUCCUAUGGCUGAG